GUCUCAAAACGCAGCACAAGAGGUGAAAAAACCCUCACGUCAUUCUUACUCGUGCAUUGUUAUUUCACUUCCAUUCUUCAACACUUUUUCGGGUUACAGUACAGUACCAACAUCGGCUUCUCUCAUCUUAGUCUCACCAACGGACUUGGUUACGUCAUUCAUAAUCGCCUUCAUUCUUGCGUACAGCGGGUGCUUUGAACAAAACUUACAAGAUAUAGAAGAUACACGGCAGGAUAGACAAAAUGGCGGAGAAUUACGUCCUUCGCAUCACAGCUGGUCCUGAUUACGACCAAUCUCAACAGGUUGAGGUCCCAGUCAACACCGCCAAGCCCAUCACCAUCAAGAGCGAUCGCGCUGACAUUGAGCUCAACGUUCGCGUCAACGAUUACAAAGGCCUUCCUCGCAACUCACCAGCGACUUCACCAUACUUCUCAACUGAGCCUCAUGCCUACAAUAGGGAUCAAUACAGCAUCUCAUUCCGCUUCACACCAAAGAAACCCUCCAAUGACGAGGACGAUGGUAUCAAGGCCACGGAUCUUCAGUUCGGCAAUGACUUUGAUCAUCCCAUUCGAGAUCGUCUACCACCCGGUUUCAACACGGCUAUGAGUAUAGUGCGCUGGUGGAUCGAUCCUGGUCUGGAUGGUGAUGCGUAUGCUGACAAGCCCUUCUUGUAUGGCCCAGCGCUGAGUUCUUUCAACACCAUUCAUGUGGGCAAAGGCGAGUUUGAUGAAGAGAAGGGUGGUCUUUGGUUCGAGGAGGGUGGCGAUGAAGAUGGUCUUGAAGCUCGUGAGGAAGUCGGCGCUCCUCUUACCAGCAAGGCGAGAAUGAAGUGGGCUCUCAGAGCUGACGCCAAAGAGAAGUGGGUGUUUGAGUAUGAUCAGACAUACGGUUUCGACUUCUUCAAUCCGUAUCUUAACUUCUCAGACCUCGCGUUGAACCUACCUGGCUUCCAGCUACCCAUCAUGAAGUACUGGGACGGUCAAGGUCUCAGAUAUGUCUUGCGCAACAAGGAAACCGGGGAGCCGUACCUCGUGAUUCUGUUCUCGCUGUACCACAAGGAUUAUGUAAACGAGGAUGGGUCGUUGAAGGAGGGGGCACAGGAUUCUUUCAAACAGCCUGAGAAUGUUACUGAUGAUGAGGAGUUUGACGGGGGUGGAGCGUUGAAGGAGGCGACGGAGCUGUUGGGCCCCAAGAUUGAUGAGAAAGGAAAUGGGGAGACGAGUGUUGACGAUAUUGACUAAGAGAUAGAGAUAACCCUGGCCAGGGUGUAAUAAUAUUAUCUAGAUCUCGGGAUGAUAACCU